UAUUUUUUUAAAUGCAACAUGGUACGUUUAUCAUGUUUAAAGAAAAGGAUCCCAUAAAAGCCUUACUCGAAAUCAUUUGAAAUAAAAUUCAAAUUUGCGCGCGCUGGCCGCCAUCUUGAAAGUGUGUCGCGCCCUCAGCUUUCGUGCGGCGGUUCGUUCGCUCGGGGCAGUCGAUUCGCGGUGUUGGCACAUCGUUGGCAGGCGUUGUCGAUCGCGCCGACGUACGUUUAGUUGAAACGCCGCGUUCUCAUCUGCAUCGUCGCCACCGCUGUCGGCCAAUUGUGAACGUAUCCUCAGCUCGAGAGCACAGUACGUUCUUGGGUCGUCAAGGCUCGAGAGUCGGGUGUCUCGCGGCGGUGUUUCGCAGCCGCUUCCUGACCCCGUACGUCCCAUCUAUCCAUCGCUCUCUCGGCGAUCGGCAAUUCGGCACACGGCCCGCGACUACGAUCGCGGCUCGAGGAAACGUGACUUCCCUCCCUGUCCCUUGACCAUCGAGGAGGAAAGGUGAACCGCGUCGUAUCAGUGAUAUCGCGCGAAACCGCAGUAUCCUGUAUCUCCGAACGUAGGAAAGGAGGAUCGUGUUGGAGCGCGCGUCACGGAUGUUCGACACGCACGCACGCACGCACAUACGCGCGCGCCACUGAGUGACAUAGUUGUACGCGCGUGUUGUUUUGUGUCCUCUGUGAAGACAGAGAAAUGUUGCCCUAUCGGCUCCCUGCAAUGCGCGGCGAGGCCUCGUAGCGAGCGGGAGUACCGUCCGCGUGAUAUUUCGUCAUUUGCGUUCAACGCAAGUCCAGUUUCAUCGUUAGUGUCUGUCUAUUUCUCAUUCGACGCGGCACACCGUCGCGCGGCCCCAGCCAUUCUCGCGUGGCACGAUCCCGUCGUCUCGCCUACAUCCACGCUACCUACCUCGGCGCGUGCGGACUCGGACGUAACGGACGAGUAGGAUGAUCAACAUGGAAACGGACAAGAUAAUCGACGACGCGAAUGCGGGUCUGCAGUAUCCAAUGACGAUACUUUACGAUCCCAGCUGUAAGAAAGAACCAUCCAUAGGAGUGUCCACGCAAUAUGGACAGGAAAGAGAAAUGUGUAUGAAACUGUUCGAAAGAUGGAACGAAGCGGAACAAGUGCAGUUUGUCGAACAGCUGUUAGCACGGAUGUGUCAUUAUCAACACGGACACAUCAACGCAUAUCUCAAACCGAUGCUACAGAGAAACUUUAUUUCGCUUUUGCCGAAAAAAGGAUUAGAUCACGUAGCAGAAAGUAUUCUUUCCUAUCUUGACGCUAAGUCACUUGUAUCUGCAGAGUUAGUAUGCAAAGAAUGGCAUAGAGUUAUCAGUGAAGGAAUGCUUUGGAAAAAAUUGAUUGAACGCAAAGUCCGAACAGAUUCGGUUUGGAGAGGUCUGGCUGAAAGGAGAGGAUGGAUACAGUAUCUUUUUAAACCGAAACCAGGCGAAGCCCAUCCUAAUCAUAACUUCUAUAGAUCUCUUUAUCCAAAAAUUGUUAAAGACAUCGAAAGUAUAGAAAAUAAUUGGAGAAUGGGUCGAUUCAAUCUUCAAAGAAUUAACUGUCGCAGUGAAAACUCGAAGGGCGUUUAUUGUUUGCAAUACGAUGAUCAGAAAAUAGUCUCUGGACUUCGUGACAAUACGAUUAAGAUCUGGGAUAGAAAUACUCUGCAGUGCAUCAAGGUGUUGACAGGACAUACGGGUUCUGUGUUGUGUUUGCAAUAUGACGACAAGGCUAUAAUAUCCGGUUCUUCGGACAGCACCGUGAGAGUUUGGGAUGCUACCACAGGCGAAAUGGUCAAUACGUUAAUUCAUCAUUGCGAGGCAGUAUUGCAUCUCAGAUUUAAUAAUGGCAUGAUGGUCACUUGCUCGAAGGAUCGUUCAAUAGCGGUCUGGGAUAUGACGUCGCAAACGGAAAUUGCACUGAGACGAGUACUAGUGGGACACAGGGCUGCAGUGAAUGUAGUUGACUUCGAUGAGAAAUACAUUGUUUCAGCUAGUGGUGAUAGGACUAUCAAAGUAUGGAAUACUUCUAACUGCGAAUUCGUGCGAACAUUGAACGGACAUAAACGUGGCAUAGCGUGUUUGCAAUACAGGGAUCGUUUAGUAGUUAGUGGUAGUAGUGAUAAUACCAUACGACUAUGGGACAUUGAGUGCGGCGCAUGCUUACGUGUUCUGGAAGGACAUGAGGAACUAGUGAGAUGUAUACGAUUCGAUAGUAAGCACAUCGUCAGCGGUGCUUAUGACGGCAAAAUCAAAGUUUGGGAUCUUGUAGCAGCUCUUGAUCCUCGUGCUGUUGCCAGUACUUUAUGCUUACGCACUUUAGUGGAGCAUACUGGACGAGUGUUUCGUCUCCAAUUUGACGAAUUUCAAAUAGUUUCAUCAUCUCAUGAUGAUACAAUACUAAUCUGGGAUUUUCUUAAUUACAAUCCGUCAAGUGGAAGUGCAAGUGUAUGCAGCGGACGCCUGCCAAUGGAUGGAGCACCGAACCAAGCCGAUACUAGAUCUCCUUCCCCAUUCGAGUGACGUAUCAAUACGGAGAUUCCUUUAUUGUGAUAUAAUUACAAAUGGUUAGUGAGUGAAUCUAAUGUGUUCACAACAAUGUGCGCAAAGAAUGAAAUAUCCUAUGAUGAGUGUCCAGUAUGAGAGCGGCAAUUAAACACAAGACUGUCUGAGGAAAAUAUUUUGUUGAUGACUCUGACUUAUUGUUUGCUGGGACAGCAAAAGAAAUUCUUCAAGAAAAUAGGAAAGUAAAACGAACUGACGUGAAACUAUAAAUUAUAAUUUAUAUACAUAUAUGCGCUUGACGCACCGUAUUUAGGAACGAACAGUAUGUUUAAAGCCGCAUAAAUACAUCCCAUGGAUGUAAACGAUCGUUGUCUGCUUUGGCCAUAUCUGGAAUUCUUCUAUGCUCUAUGACAUGAGUAGAAGUCAAGACCAUUUUCCUACCGGUAAAAAAGAAAAAAGAAAGACUUACAAUACGUAAUGUAGCAAAAUGUUUUUAGGGAGGCUGGAUAUUACACUUAAUAAGACAUUAGAUGUAUUAUAAUAAAACAAAUUAAUGAUUUUUUAUAUAAUUAAUUUAUGAGAAAAGAAUUUGUAAAAUGUUGUUUGAUUGGAGUACUUAUCUUGUGUGAAUGUGUAAAAAAAAUUAUACGGAAGAAUUAUCGUGUUGCACCAUCUUUUGAAAAUAAUUCAUUAUAUAAAGUGCUGUAUAUUAUGUUCAAACCAUAAAAAAAUCAUUGAUUGAAUGUAUAACAAUUUUUUUGUAAACAUUCAAAUUUUAUGAAAUCUAUUUAAAAAGCGAGUGAAGAGCCAACAACCUCUGCACAGCCAUUUGGUACAAUAUCAUUUGCAUUUAGAAUAUAAAAAUCACUACAUGAGAAUGUAAAUAUUAUUAUCAUUAUUAUUAUAUUCAUACAGAUACAAGUGUAGCGUGUGAUCCUAAAGUGAUCUUAAUCAUUGUAAAAAAAAAAAGGAAAAGAAACGCUAUUAUUAUAUCUUGACCACUGAUCUCGUUUAACUCAUUUUAUUCAUAUUUUGUACACUAUAAGUUUCUCAAUUUUAUAUUUAUCUAAAUUGUCAGUCUAUUCAAGAUGUGUGUAUUGAUACUCUUUCUAUUCUAAGCAUUCUACUUUUGCGAUUUGGUAUUUCACUGAAAUUUUACAAAAAAUACUCUAAAUAUAGCAAAAACUUUAAACGCAAAUAAAAUUUAUCGUUGUUUGGAUUUAUAUUUAUGUACACAACUGAACAUAUACGUAGUUUAAAUGAUAUCUACUAUAAAGAAUCCAAGUGAUUGUGAUGUCACGAAACAGUUUAUUCUUUGUGAACACUUUGAAUAUAUAUAAAUAUAGUAUUGUACACACACACGCACACUCGCGCGCGCGCGCACAUACACACAUACAUACAUACAGCGAUACACACGCAUAAUUUUAUAAUACUGUAUUUAUAUUAGCAUACUAUAACAAUAUUAUUAUUCAUAGACAUGCUAUAGACGUACUGUCUAUAAUUAUAAUACUGUUUACUAUGUCUUAUAGCGUUUUCGAUUGCAAUAAAUUUUUGAUGCGGAUUGUGCACUUCUUGCACGUAAAACACAAAAAAGGAUAAAGGAUGCGAGCAAUGAAAGAAAAAGAAAAAAAUGAGUAUGGCAGCAUAACCCGGAUCAAAACUACAAUGAAAACACUAUAAGUAUGUGUAUGUGUGCGUGUCACAUUAUACAUCCUUAAAAUGAUAUCAACGCAGCUAAAAUCUUGCGAUAUUGCAGGAUAUUUUGAGCGUUGAGAGUGAGACAUCUUUGAAUAUUUGAUAUUAAACAGUGCUACAAUAUUAGUAACUAUAUGAAAGUAAGAUAUUAGUAAAAAAGUGAAAUACCGAAUGAAAUUAUGUUUUCCAAAUAUGCGUUUUGUCAAUAAUGGUCAGUAAAAAGAUGCAACAUAAUAUAAUUGCUUAUAAACUGUCUGUCAAUAAAUGAAUUAUACAG